UAAGGCCGCAAAUACACGACGCGCGUUUUCCGCGCCCGCGUUCAAACGCGUAUAACAGUAGAACAGUUCCGCAGAGAUGUCCAGCAUGAACAUUUCUGCGUUUCCGCGGUAGCGCGUUCGAAUGACAUUUCAUCAUUGUUUACAUUUUGGCCGGUAAAACGUUGUUUGUUGUAUUUGCGUGAAAUUUACGAUAAAAACACAAAAAUGGAUUAUAUGCCAGACAAAAAAAAGAGGAAGAAGAACAUCCAUAUGAGUGAGGAAAUUACUCUUGUGUUUGUAGACCUUGUGUUCCGGCAUGAAGCCAUUUGGAACCGGAAACACAAGGAUUACAAAGAUAUUAAUCGUCGGAACGACGAUUGGUGCAGCAUAGCUGACCAAGUGGGAUUGCCAGUCAAUGUGUUGAAGGACAAGUGGGCAUCACUCCAGUCUACAUAUAGAAAGUGCCGAUCAACAUACAACAAGAGUCUGGUAACUGGUUCUGGAGCUGAUGAAGUUGACAACCCCACUUGGUUUGCCUAUAGUGCGAUGCGGUUUCUCGAUGGAACAACCGAUUGUGGUAAAACGUUGAAUACCGUAAGUAAAUAUAUACAUUUGGUCCGCGUUGGUUGCACUUUGAUAUCAUCUCAAUAAGUUUAUUUGUGUUUUUAUAUGGAAAAAGCACAAGUUUAAUAGUUGACAUGCAAUCUAAGUUCUAUCAGCGAGUUCAAACUAUUUAUGUUUUAUUUUAUGUCCAUGGUUAUAUUAUUCUAUAAGCUCUUCACAUCAUUUUAAACGAACGUAUUACCGAUAGUAUAAGGUAAAAAAGAUAAUAAAACUAAUAAUAUUGUUUUCCACAAAUUUUACAAAUGUAUUCAAGCGCAUUGUAUGCUACAAGCUAUCCGAAAUUAGAAAAACUAUUAAAUAUUUAGCGCUUUCUUUUGAUUUACUGAUUGUUUAUUUGAAAGAGAGGUGAACGAGAUGAGUUGCGAGAUAAGACUUACAUUUAUUACUGUACAAAUUCAACUUAUACAUUAAAUGGUAGUAGUGCAAUAAUCCUUACUUUAUGUAAGCAGAGUAAGUUCGUAGUAUUAGUGUUCGGCAAGGAUUUGCAAGGUUGUCACAAAUAUAAAUUUAUUAAUUUUAUUUAUUUCAUUAAUUUUCCUAUUUUCAAUUAUUUACUAAAUAAUUUGCCAUAUGCAUCCGAAUUUCCAUCAUAUUGAAAUUGGGCCGUGAUCUAUUUGCAUUAAAUCUAAGCAUAUUUGGAUUGUCGUCUUGUCUAUAUAUAAAUUGGUUGGCAUCUUGACUCCUAGUAUUUUCAUCCCGUCGUAUAAAAUUAUGCAAAUAUAUAGUGGCCAUUAUCACCUUUUUGGCGUUUUCCUCGCUAAGCUCGAUAGGCUUUCUCAACACCCGAAACCUGCCACUAUGGAUUCCGUAGGCCAUUUCAACAGGACGCCUGGCAAUCGAGUGUCGCAUAUUAAAAAUGCGCUGGACUGAUCCUCUUUCCGUUAAACCACUGAACGGUCUAAGGCAGUAAUGCGUCAACGGAAAAGCCUUAUCUCCUAAAAACAUAUACGGGACAAGGAUGCGGGAUGCUUGGUAUAACGGUGCAGGGCUUGGAAUACCACACUCGUUUCUUUCUAGUUUUUUGUAGAGUAUAGAAUUUCUAAAGACUCCUCCGUCUGAUAUUCUACCUUUAGACCCAACAUCUGCAUGUAUAAAAUUACUGUUAGAAUCUACCACACCUAAAAAUACAACACUAAAAAACCUUCUAUAGUUAAAAUAGUCAGUUCCGCUAUGCGGUGGAGCUUUUAUCAUAACAUGUUUGCCGUCAAUCGCCCCGAGUGUAUGGGGAAAAUUCCACUUUUCUUCAAAGCCCUGCACAAUUUUCAUCCAUUCCUCCGAAUUGGUGGGUAACUGUGAAAAGAAGAAGAGAUAGAUUUUUUUUUAAACAGGAACAAAAAAAUCAUAUUCUUAUUUAGAUAUUAUUAUUUAUAUUAUUAUACAUAUUAUUCGUUCAGCUAACACACCUAGAAAUAGAGGUAUUGGACGAGGCUAUUACCCCAUUUCCUGCUCCACCGUCACCGCUGCCAUCACCGUCCUACAGUGCCUCGCCGCUUCCAGAACCGUACGAUGGUGGGUCGCCGGUUGCUGAACCGUCCCGUGGUAGGUCCAACUACUCGGGACCGUACGAUGGUAGGUCGCCGGUAGCUGGACCGUCCCGUGGUAGGACGAACUACUCGGGACCGUACGAUGGUGGGUCGCCGGUAGCUGGACCGUCCCGUGGUAGGACGCAGCGCACAGGAAUGUCCCGUGCUACAUCACCGAGAUCCCGAUCGCCUCCACGCUACCCUACUCCUCCUCGCCCAACAACUCCACCAGCUCGAACGUUGCGUAACAGGCAAAGACGUUGGCAAGAGGCCAACUUAGCCUAUAAUGAGGAUGUGUUGCAGGUGAUCAAAACGAUUGGAUCGGCAACUAACAAUCUAAUCGAUCGUUUGAAUGCACCACCGGAUGACUUAGAUUCGAUAUGCAACAUCGUUCGUAGCUGGUCGCCUGAUCGGCGAGAGGAGUUUACUGCGACGAUGUUGAGUAGGGUAGCAGAGAUUCAACAGGAGAGAUUUGAGACUCGUCAAGGACGCCGGGCACAAUAAAGGCAAAGGUGAGAUGAUGCAGAGGGUAGCGGUAAAUCAUAUCGAUAGCUGCCAAACAGUUUUGCUAGGAAAUACAUAACUUGCUUAUAAUAUUGUUUUCGGCAGAUCUCUUAGAAUGCUACCAGGUUGCAAACGCUCUGGAAGUGUUUGAGCAACGCAUCAUCUAGAGGAGAAGAAUGAACCACGAUCAUCCUGACGGUGGCGAAGGCUGGAAUUAUAAGCAUGUGGGCAUGUGAAAAGAAUGCCGGACUCAUGCCUCACCAAGAAAGUCUUCGACAGCGACCUCCUGCUUAGCACGAGGCGCAGGCGUGCGCAGCAUUCUCGCUGGCUAGAUUAAGUGAAGCGAGACCUGAGGGAGAUCGGGUGUCUGCAUGGAUGGGAGGCUGCAGCCAGGGACCGAGGAUCCUGGAGAAUUGUUGUUGACUGGGCCAUGUCACGUCGACUUGCUCUAUCGUGAGCAGGCCAACAAGAGAGAGACAGAGAGAGUGAACGAGAGAUAGUAAGGAGAGAGAUAGAGAGAUAGGGAGAGAGAGAGAGAGAGGGUGGGGAGGUGAGUAUAGAAGAUCAUUAAGUAGAAAAUUUGGAAGCCACAAAAUAAUCUGUGAAAUGAUGAAAUGUAAAUGUGAUAAAAAUGUGAUAUGGAAUAAAUGAGAUAUAUGUUAACAUGUUAAUGCAAAGCACAAGCACGCAGUAUAUGCAUGUUUCAGCUGACACUUAGCAUAUACAUUCAUUCUGUGAUGUUAACACCAAAAAAUAGCGAAAAUAAAACUAUAAUUCUGUUAUGCAUCCUAACUGAUAUUCUUCUUCAUUAUUUACUUAAUAAAUGUAAAUAGUCUAUGCAUAUCUCAUACAAUAAUGGGUUCAUUACCAGGGACUUAAUUGAAUAGUUCUAUCUUGCGGGACUCGAUUAAUUUGAGGAUUGAAUCCAUAAGGCUUAUUUUAGGGUUCUUUUAUGGUAUACUAUUGAUCUAGAAAAUAAAACUCAGUAGAAUCAGUAGAAAACUGAUAUGCUACAGUAGGU